AUGGCUCGCAAUCUCGCCAUCACUGCCGUUGACGGCUACACUGGCUUUACCAUUGCCCAAUAUAUCCUCAAGAAUGACAAUUUCAAUAAAAAGAUCGGCACUCUCACAGGUCUCACCUUAGCACCCACCUCGCCAAAGGCGAAAGAGCUUGCGAAGCAGGGUGUCAAGAUUGUCACUCAUAAGCCCGGUCGCUUGAAGGAGAUGAUCAGCUUGCUAGAUUCCACUGGUGCCGAUACCAUCUGCUUAAUUCCACCAGCCCAUGAGGAGAAGUUUGGCAUCACUGAGGAACUGAUCGAAGCCACUAAGAAGGCCAAUAUUCCCAAUGUUUGCUUCAUCAGUACCGCUGGUUGUGAUCUUGCCGACUCCGAGAAACAACCAGUCCUGCGGGAGUUUGUCGAGUUGGAAAGCUUAGUCAUGGCUGCAAAAGGCGAUGUCGAGACCUCCACUGGACAUUCUCCCGUUAUAAUUCGACCAGGCUUCUAUGCUGAGAACAUCUUGCUCUACACGCCUCAAAUUCAACAGGACCACUCCAUUCCUCUUCCAAUCGGAGAGAACCACAAGUUUGCACCUAUGGCUCUAAAAGAUCUUGCAAAUCUAGCAGCACAUGUUCUUACUGGCAAAGGAAAGCAUGGCUUCAGUGACAAACAUCGUGGACAGCUGAUGGUCCUUACUGGUCCCAUGCUCUGUGCAGGCAAAGAAUUGGCAGAAGCAGCGUCUCGAGCAUUAGGUACGGAAAUAGAAUUCGAAAACAUCUCAGAGCGCGAGGCGAAGAAAGUCUUGACCGAACAAUCCGACCUCAACCCAGCUGAACUGCGAUAUCUCUUGGAGUACUAUUCAUUGGUCCGCGAGGGUAAGACUAACUACAUCUCCACCACUGCUUUCCACGAUUUCACUGGUCAACAUCCCCUCGAGCUGCCAGAAUUCUUCACCGAGAUUAAACAAGAUUUGGUAGCAGCUGCUCCUUACCCCAGCAAGAAGAGAAGGACGAACGGAAAUUGA